AUGAUUCAGCUUUUGUUUACAGUGAUAUUUUCAGAGAUGGCAAUGAUAUUGUUAUUUCUUUUCAAGACCCCAUUAAGGAAGUUGUUGAUAAUGGGCUUGGAUCGAGUCAAGAGAGGGCGUGGACCAGUCAUGGUUAAGACAGUUGCCGGGACAGUAUUUGUGGUUUUAAUGUCAAGUGUUUAUAGUAUGGUGAAGAUCCGGAAACGCGGGAUCGAUGAUGGUGGUGUUGUUAAUCCGACAGACCAGGUUCUUAUGGCCAAACAUCUUCUUGAGGCUACUCUUAUGGGUUCUGUCCUUUUCCUUGCACUAAUGAUAGACCGACUGCACCAUUAUAUCAGAGAGCUCCGUAUGCGGAGGAAGAGCAUGGAGGCUGUAAAGAAACAAAAUCGAAGUUUUGAGGAGGGCAAGGUUGAGGAGACCAAAGCAUUGGAAGCAGAAGUGUCCACACUGCGAGAAAAACUUAAACAGCUGGAAUCUGAACUUGAAGUCAAGUCAAAAGAGGUAAAUACAUCAGAAGCCAAUGCAGUUGCUCUAAGGAAGCAAUCUGAAGGUUUCCUUUUUGAGUAUGAUCGUUUGCUUGAAGAGAACCAGAACCUACGAAGCCAGUUGCAGUCUGUGGACUUUAGAGUUUCACGAUCAACUAGCAAGAAGAAUACUUGA